GCUAUUUCCCCACACUUGCGAAGUCCACGUGUAAAAUAUUCUCCACAUAUAAACCUUCACGCUUCUCAAAGAGAGGGGAUUCUCCUGCUUUCCUUCCAUCGCUUAUUUCUUCUCGGUUUCAAGUCUGUGUUUUAAGCUUUUGAGUAACAGCAAUGGCGGACAAGCCAAGCCGAGGAUUGGUCUUAUACGGGGACGGGUUGGCCCGUUUCAUUGAGCCAUCACAUGCCCAUCUGCACUCUCUCGCAUCUAACGCCAACUGUGGUUUCUUGAGCCUCCCUAAUGCUCCGCCUUCAGAAAGCGAGGAUGAUAGGAUAGUAAGAGAGUUUGCGGUACUGAUGGAUGCAUGCGAGGCAUACUUCAACAAGAAUGGGCAACUUUCUACAGAAGCAAAGUCUCAGAAGUCAUCCUUGAUUCCAACCAUGUCAGAAAGGUUCAUGGGAAUGAGAGCUGCUCUAUUGACUAACAGUUCUAGUUUGAAAUCUUUUGGAGAAAAACUUGGCUUUGAUGUGUUGCAUUUGAAUGGAUUAUUUGAAAAUAUCAAUUUUCCCUCUGCACAGUCAGCUGAUUAUUUGGCUUCUGAAUUGUUGGCCUUACUUGGAUUUCAAGAAGGGAAGAUAUUAGAUGUCGGCCAGUUUGAUUUAGUAAUUGUGCAUAUUGGAUCUGGAGAGAAUUUGAAUUCUGAAAAAGACAAAGGUACAGCAGGUGACAUGGAAUUCAUGAAUGCUCUAAUUGGUGCUAUUAUGCUCAUGGCUCAACCUGGAACUGAAAUUGCUUCCCGUCUUUACUUGUCCCUUGUUAUGGGCUAUGGGUAUGUGUCAAGGGCUGAUGAUCCUGGUUUGUCAAUAUUGAGCCACAACUAUGAGAAUGAUUCUCCUCUUUCAGCACUCUUCCCUCGACAGAGUUACACCAUGAGAGGAGAAAGUCCAAGAAAUGAUGUUAGGCACCAUAGUCCCAUGUUAGUUGCUCAAUAUCAGAAUGCUGUAACCCGCAAAGAUAUGGUAGACACGUUUUCUUUUAAAGAUUUCAAAGAGCGUUCUGGAAAUCUCAUCAUACCAGCUGAUAGGUUACUGCAUGAGAUAGCAUUUAAGCUUUGGAAGGCACCCAAGUAUGGGGCAUAGGAGGAAUUUAUAUGUCUCUAUGACUUAAAAUUCAACUUUUUAAUAUAAUUAUAGAAGAUAAGCGAAGAUUUAAGCGUAUCAUGAAUUCAAUACUUUUGAAAUCCUUUUUCUUUAAUGAUGUUUUUCUUGAUCUUACUUUCACUAAAGUUGACUAUUGUCUUCAUGUAAGUCCGACAUGAUCUUAAAGUUACUGUUGACAGCAGCCAGUUAACUUUAA